CCUGCCCUAUCCAUGAGUAGCCAAGAUCUUACUUUGAAUAUGUAAUUUGAGCAUUGAGAGAGACAUAUCAUUUUUAAUUUUAGUUAACAAUAAAGUGUGGGACUCUUCAGCAGUUGAACUAAAACCCUCUCCAAAACAACUUCUAGGCCCACCCUAGAAAACCUAACCCAAAAAGAUUCUAUCUUUAAUUUCCUAUCUCUCUAAUAUCUUAAUUACAAAAUUUUGAUUUGCAAAACCAUGGAAACAGAGGAUUUCAGCUUUCCUAGAAUCAGUGACACUUGCCCCCAUAACAUUGAUUCACCUCCUCUAUGGAAUCUAUCUCCCGCAUCCUCUCCUAAUCCCUACAACAAAGGAGAAAACAAGAAUUGCUUUGGAGAAAAAUUGGUAGCUCAGGCACAAAGGAAGAGCUUUUCAUGUGUUGAAAAUGGUAAGAAAAGAAUUGGAUUGGAUGAUGAUGAUGCAGAAGAAGGGGAUAGAAUGGACUUGUUGUGGGAGGAUCUCAAUCUCAAUGAGGAGUUGUCAUCAUCAACAACAGGGUCUGCUACCUCAUCUUCAAGGGAAGGUGCUGAAUUUAAAUGUGCUCCAAUGUUAACAGUUGCCAAGAACAAUAAAGGUGCAUUACUUCCAACUAAGAACAAGCCGGGUAUGGUGGUGAUUGUGAAUGUCAUGAAGAGACUCUUCUUCAUCAAAAAUUCUCAGAGGAAAUCUAGAAAUAGAGUGAGAUAACUCUGUAGUUAUAUCCCAUUCAGGCAAUUGGGAUUAUGGUAAUAUUUACAAAUGUUGUGCCGGUUUGGAACUGAGAAUCUAUUGGUCGAUUGAGAUUCUCCAAAGUCCAAACCAACAAACCACUUACGAAGAUUAUGGGUAAGAUUGAUUGUUCUUUAUGAAUACUUUUUCAUAGUUAAUUAGAAAGGGUUUUACUCCAUGCGGAUCUUAGUGAGAUGAUUCUAACUCUUCCAAUGCAAUGUAUAUGUAAACCGUAAAUAUAAAUUAUAGAGGAUUCUUCUUGAAACCAUUUUUCGAGUUAUAUAUAUUCCUAAUGAUAAAGUUCUUACUCUUUUUGUU